AGAAACAUGUCUUCCUACAUGUUAAAGAAGACAGGCGGGGACGCUAUCUGACUGGGGAACUUAAUGCGCCACAACACCGCUGCACAUCCUUACUGGUGAAAUGCGUCUAACCCACGCUCUUUGGUGGCGGUAAAACAGAAGACUAGAAGAACGUGUUGUCUCCGAAAGGCGCCAUCUUUAAAGACAGGAGGCGCCGAUUAAGGUCCAUGGCGGUCCAGUUGAGGCAGACCCAAGCUGCCCACCCAGCCCCUGAGACACACCCGGCUCGCUGUGGCGGACAACCCCAUCCCCGCGCACCUUUCUCAGGUAACUGGAGGGGGUCUCGACAACCCAGCGCCCGAGGGAGUUCGGCUGGCGGUACCGUGGAGUCCCGAACACCCGGACCAGCAGAAACCCCUCCAACCAAAGAAACCCUCGUGGAAAGGCUCCCGUCAGAGAUUUGGUUAAAGAUUCUGUCGUACCUGGACACCCCCUCGUUGUGCUGCCUGAGCCAAGUGAACAAACCCCUCCAUCAGCUCGCCAACGACAGCAUCUUGUGGGAGAGGGUCUACACGUCCAUGUUUGAGAGACGAAUGAGGACGCUGAGUGUGAGAGAUGACUCGGUGGAGCAGGAGGGAAUAUCCGAGAGCCAGGAAGGAGCGCCAGCAAGGACGGAUCUUGCUGUGAACCACUGGAAGAGGAUUUACUUCAAAAGGAUGGCUUCACAAGAGAUGAGCAAGUGGGGGAGAGAACUGAGAAACACCAGCCCUUAUACGGGUCUGCCCAUCCACACUGCACUCGUGCUCAGGGACGAGAAGGUGAGGUGGGAGCUGACGCUGUGCUGCCACUCAGGGCGAGAAUGCACGCUGGACCACAGACAAGCCCAGUUCUUCGAGUCAUCUGUGAUCCUCAGCUGGAGCGGAUUAAACAAGAUUAAGUUUUAUCAGAUUAGGUACCUCAAGCUGUACGGACUCAACCCACGGUCCAGCUGGCGUUCCCUGAUUUUUCAACUGGACGUAAAAACUCACCUGUCCCGUUUCUUUGGCUGCGACUCGCUGGUGAAGCUGUACAUCCUGCAGCCGGGCGUUGCCAUCGGCAUGUGGAGGGGUCAGACCUACGUGUCCUUCAUCUGGGUCAGCCUGCAUUUCCAUAGACUGGUGGAGAAGUCUCUGCUGGGAUCUCCGGCCUGCCCGUACCUGGAGCCGCUGUACCCUCCACCCAUCGGUGACUUGGACCCUGACUUGGGUCUUCAUAACUACAGUUUGCAUCUGAUGCUACACAACACCAGCAAAGAGAUGUUGGUGGCAUACUUCAGCCGUCUGUCCUGUCUCAGAGGUAAAAGGAAGAAGAUGAUGGAGCUGCGGGUCAUCAGGAGGACCAACCUGUCAGAGCACAGGUCGCUGUCUGGACGCUUAAACAUUCCCUGGAAAAACAACGAUCUGGAUGGAGCAGUGGAGAACUGCUGCUUCCUGAGUCUGACUCUGGUGGACGAGUUCCAGAAACCCUUCUGGUGCAUCAGCUCGCCUGUUUACACCGUCCCGGUGCCGAGGGAGGACUACGGCAGCGACAACUACAUGCUGCUGUUCCAGCAGCCAGACGGGAGGGCGUACAUGCAGCUGGUUUGGUUGGAGGAGCAGAACCAGUUCCUGCUCAUCGACCUCACCAUCAGCAUUCCUGUUCAUAAGAUCAACCGACGCUUCAGCAGGACCUACUGACACCUUACGGUUGUUUUCUGUGGUGUUUUCAUGUCUCUGCUGACAUUUGGUUCAUAGAUUCUGUUCAGAUGGAUAAUUUAUUGAUAUUUACUUUAACCCUUAUGGGAAUUUUUUGUUAAAUAAAUAAUUUCAGAUGCAAA